AUGACUGGAGAACUUGUGAGUGGUCGGGGCUUAAAUCAAGAAACUAGCCUUCAAAGAGCUUGUGAUACACGUUGGGGUUCACAUUUUGGCUCGUUGUUGAAGUUGGUUCUUAUUUAUGAUUCUGUAAUAGAUGUUCUUAUGAUACUUGAAAAUGAUGGUCUUGUGGAGCAAAGAGGUCAAGCAUAUGCACUUCUUAAUUCUUUGCAAUCUUUUGAAUUUGCAUUUAUUUUACACUUGAUGAAGAAAAUCAUGGGAAUAACGAAUGCACUAUCUGAAGCAUUACAAAGGAAGGAUCAAGAUUUUGCGAAUGUAAUGGGUCUAGUCAAGGUUUCCAAGCAACAAUUACAAGCUACUAGGGAAUAUGGAUGGGAUUUUUUACUUGAUGAAGUUUCAUUUGAUAAGAUAAAGUUGAUUCGUCUUGCAGAACAUUAUCCUUGUGAGUUUUCUAAGUUGGAUAUUCUUGCACUUGACACUUAA